AUGUCGUCUUCUACGGCUUUUGCAAUGCUCUCCGUGGCAGGUCCCCGGCCUGAUCUGGCAUCGUCAAGGAAAGCCUUUCCUAUUGCAUGGCAGCCGUCUGCAGCGAGCCUUCAAGGUGCGAGUGGCAGCUCUGGAGCGCAGCUCCUGUCAUCCUCAGCGGCAAUUACCGUGGCGGCACUGGCUAUGAGACACAUGACGCAGAGGAAUCGAAGCAACUCGUCGCGUGUUGCAGUCGCUGCUCAGUGCAAGAAGACGCAGUGCGUGCACCCUGACAAGCCGAUGAUGUUUGCUUGUGCAGACUGCCCUCGUCGCGGUGUUGCCCCGGAGCUUGACGAAGAGCCGCUGGCGGCGGCGGCAUUCCUUGGAGAAAGCGUUCCAAGCAACACGUGCUCCAAGAAGACCCAGUGCGUGCACCCCGACAAGCCGAUGAUGUUUGCUUGUGCCGACUGCCCUCGUCGCGGUGUUGCCCCGGAGCUUGACGAAGAGCCGCUGGCGGCGGCGGCAUUCCUUGGAGAAAGCAUCCCGUGCAACACGUGCUCCAAGAAGACUCAGUGUGUGCACCCCGACAAGCCAAUGAUGUUUGCCUGUGCAGACUGCCCUCGUCGCGGUGUUGCCCCGGAGCUUGGCGAAGAGCCGCUGGCGGCGGCGGCAUUCCUUGGAGAAAGCGUUCCAAGCAACACGUGCUCCAAGAAGACCCAGUGUGUGCAUCCCGACAAGCCGAUGAUGUUUGCUUGUGCCGACUGCCCUCGUCGCGGUGUUGCCCCGGAGCUUGACGAAGAGCCGCUGGCGGCGGCGGCAUUCCUUGGAGAAAGCAUCCCGUGCAACACGUGCUCCAAGAAGACUCAGUGUGUGCACCCCGACAAGCCAAUGAUGUUUGCCUGUGCAGACUGCCCUCGUCGCGGUGUUGCCCCGGAGCUUGACGAAGAGCCGCUGGCGGCGGCGGCAUUCCUUGGAGAAAGCGUUCCAAGCAACACGUGCUCCAAGAAGACCCAGUGUGUGCAUCCCGACAAGCCCAUGAUGUUUGCUUGUGCAGACUGCCCUCGUCGCGGUGUUGCCCCGGAACUUGACGAAGAGCCAGAACGCUUCAAUGGCCAGGCUCAGGACCAAGACAUCAACGACAGCGGAAAGCUGGUAGAGCUGUUCAACCUCUUGCGUGGCAUAGUCGCGCGGAGAGAGAAGGUACUCGUUUUCUUCUGUCGCACAGUCACAAGUAAGCUUCUCGCAGCUCUCAUGGAGCGUGAGUUCGGCGUGCGGCCUGGAAUCUUGCAGGGGGACACGCCGCACAACGAGCGCGAGCGGAUCGUGCGAGAGUUCAAGGCAACGCCAAUCCCAGGAGAACCGCAGUCCCAGGUGCUGCUGCUCUCGGUGUGGGUGGGGGCCGUGGGCCUGAACUUGCCAGAAGCACGCUGGGUAGUGCACGUUGAGCGCGUGUGGAAUCCGGCGCUUGAGCGCCAGGCUACCAGCCGCGCACACCGGUUGACCUCCCGCAAGCCAGUGAAGGCGUAUUGCCUUUUCAUGCAGGACACGUUGGAAGAGCGCAAAGCUUCGGUGCUGUCCUCUAAGUAUCGCCUGUCUACAAAUGUGAUGGAAGCUUUGGACUUGGAGCAGGACGAGGUGGGGGAAGAAGGCAACAGCGACGAGCUUGGCAAGGCACAUGGAGAGGAGCUGCGCGCGCUGCUUGGCGGAAGUUCUAGCAGUCCCGAGACCCCCUUGGAGCAGAGCUGGCAGAAUAGCCCAGAGGACGAGGCAGCUCUGGCCGAGGCAGACCCAGAGGAAAGCAAAGAGCCGUCCAGCGACGAAGAGGACGACGACCCAGGGAAGCCAAAAGGAGACCGGUGCCCACUUUAUCCGGCACUUGCCAGGCUGCGCCCCCUACGCUUCAAGAGGAAGAUGUGGGUUGGCAAGUAUGGAAAUCCAGAGGAUGAAGAGUUGUGGGACUGGUACACCGUGAAGGGGCACCGGGAGGUGCACGAGCGAGCCCCAGCUUGCAGCACUGCAGGGAGGGAGAAGCUGAGACGAAAGGGUCAUUCGAUUGUCCCUUUCAGCAGCCGACCAAGCCGCAUCCGACACGUCGGCGAGCGUGGGGAUCGAAUUGUCACUGUGGCCCUGGCAGAGGGGGUGACCUGCCGGCUCUUCAUCCCAAGCGAGUCUCAGCAGAUGUUUUCCGAGGACGAGCAGGGAAUAUUCGCCCAGCCGGCCAAAAGCGGCGAUGCGGCCUUUCCCGUGCUCACGCCAUCCUCCGGACGUUCUGCCAUUGAUGAGGAAGUGGGGCUGCUUGACAUCACUCCCGGCAUGGUCGACGAGACCUCGCAGCCGCUGAAGUUCCUUCAGAUUGUUGCCGUCAAGCCCUCCGAGGUGGAGAAUUAUCGAACGAGCUCUCCAUUCUUCGUUGUCAUGGAGUUGCCGACCGAGUGCACGGUGAAUCAUCCCUGCUACGGCAAACAACGGCCGGAGGACUUGGGCAUCGGCUGUGCGAGGCACUGGCUGGUCAGAUUGGCGGCUGCGCUGCGGAUGACUUACGCUUUCUUCCUGGAUGAUACCGUGAGGUCUUGGCGCGGAGUGACUUUGGUCGAGGACACCCAGAGCCUCUUCGGGGUACCAUCCGACAGCACCAAAGCGCGAUUCACCCCAGUUCCUCUUUCCAGGGUUAUGUCCUACCUCGCGGAGCCCAAGUUCCUCAAAGAGGACAUGCCGGAAUUCGCAUCCUUCGGCUUCGCUAGGAUGGCUCCAGAGUUCCUCACCGUCCGCAAGGCCUUUUGCCGCACUCACGUUUACUCCGGAUACCUCCUCAACAUUUCGAAAAUAGAGAGAGAGCGCCUGAACUUCAAGCAGGAACAGUUCAUUUGGGAGGACUUGGUCUUCAAUUUAGACUGCCACGACGUGGUGAGGUGCAACCGCUUCGCCAUGGUCAAAGUUCCCUUCAGCAGCGGUGGCUGCUCGGCGCAGCUUGCUCGCAGCGACAAGGCCACCUUCGUUCGGGCGGGCUAUCUUGGCAAGCUGUCCGGGGAGGACAUCGUGGCGGAGACCCUUGGCCAGGUGCCAGAGAAGACAGGGAAAGGCAAGCGCGGCAGGAAGAAGGUCGUGAAGGGACCUCCCGAGGCUCAGGAGCCGGAGAGGCCAGUGCCUUCAGACCCCUUCAUCCUGGAGGAGGAUCCUGCCUUGAAGCCAGAAGGUGCUGUCGUGGAUGAGUCGGGAAGCCUAGUGAACUCCUACUACAAACGAUUUAUUCAGGCAUUCAAAGAUGCCGAGAAGGCCAGAGCAGAUGUUGCAGCGCCAACAGGAAUCAAGCGACCCGGAGUGCGGCGCGGGGAGGAGAUUCCCGCGGCUGUGAUGUUCUGGGAUGAUUCGCUGAGACCGAACGCGAAUGUUCAGCGAGGUGCGACACACCUGAAAGACGGGCAGCAGUGGGGCGCUGGCUACAUCGCAAAACCUUACGGCCCGGUGAAAAAGAGUAAAUGGUUCAACGUGAAGACCUGGGGUUGCUGGAGGAUGGCCUUCGUCUUGGCAAGGCUACAGUACCAGGUUUGGCAGCUGAAGCACCCGGACGUGCCUGAACCAAAGGGCCGUGGCCCAGGAAAGAAGUCUGAUACGCCGAAAGAGAGCAAAAGCUCGAAGAAAUCGUCUGUCGAGGCAAAGUCUUCUGCAGCUGGAAAGGAAAAUCAGGAUCCAGGCCCGGAGAUCUUCCAGACUGCUGGGAUUUGCGGAUACAGGAUAAGUGGAAGUUUCAUGACAUCAGAAAUGUGGGGCAUUGGCAUUGAAUGCUAUCCUCCCUCUCGGGGAAGAAGCGGGCAAGGAUGGGAGUAG